AUGUCGCUGAACUCUGCCCUGCUGAAAGGACCCGACCUGCUAACCAACCUCAUUGGUGUGCUGAUACGUUUCCGACAACAUCCGAUAGCGUUGAGCGCGGAUAUUGUUAAAAUGUUCCACCAAGUAAGGGUGCGGCCAAAAGACGGGCCGGCACUUCGCUUUUUCUAUCGCGACCCGGGUAUACAGGAACCACCCUCCGUUUACCAAAUGAACGUGCAACCCUUCGGCGCAGUUUGCUCUCCGACAAUUUGUGCUCACGUUCUACGUCAAGCAGCCGAAGACGGCGGGAUUGAUGCGGCCGACGUUACCAACCAAAUAAUCGAUCAUUUUUACGUGGAUAAUUGGUUGACAUCAAUUCCAACUGCCAAAGAAGCUGUUCAGCACGCAAAAAGGGUGGCAGACGUUCUACUUCGAGGAGGAUUCGAACUCGCCCAAUGGGGUUCAUCAUGUUCAAAAGUUCUAUUGUCGUUGCCUGGCAAUCCAGUCUCAUCCAUCGAUUUAGCCCUACACGGAAUGCCCAUAGAGCGGACGCUGGGGCUCUCACUCGACUACGGCAGCGAUUCGUUUGUGGUGAGCGCAAAGCUACCAAAAGCGCGAGGUGUGGGACUUCAUCUGUUUGCUGACGCAUCCGAAUCAGCAUUUGGUGCCAUCGCCUAUCUCCGAUUUGACAAUCCCGACGGCGUUAAGGUGUCAUUUGUCAUGGCCAAGGCAAGAGUGGCACCCAUCAAAUACGUUUCGAUUCCCAGACUUGAGCUGUGUGCAGCAUUACUCGCCGCCCGUCUAGCAUCAUUGAUCAAGUCAGAACUCCGACUAAAAAUCGACCAAGCCACAUUCUGGUCGGACUCCACAACGGUUUUGAGAUGGAUUAACUCUCCACACUAUCGAUUUCAUGUUUACGUUGGAAACCGAAUAGGCGAAAUAUUGGAGUCGUCCGAAAGUAGUCAAUGGCGUUAUGUCCCUACAACUCAAAACCCAGCAGACGACGUCAGCCGUGGCGUCACAUCCACAGAAUUUUCCAACGAACAUCGUUUCUUUACCGGACCAUCUUUCCUCUAUCAAUCACCGCAAAACUGGCCGGCCUUCCCCGAUGUAAAACAGGGAAUUGACGAAAUAAAGGAUCCCGAAGUUCGCUGUACGAGAUGGGUUGGUGCGACACUACACGUAAUCGAUUCCAUUGACCGGCUUACCACGUACACCUCCCGCUAUCCGUUUUUAGUCGGCGUCGUCGGCUACGUCAAACGUUUCAUUAAUAACGCUCGGAAAGAAAAAACCCAUCGUGAUUUCGGCAAACUAUCGGAAACCGAGGUCAAGAAUGCGGAAGCGGAAUUAUUUAGGCGCGCCCAGAUGUCUGCCUUUCCUGAAGAUUACAGUAAUAUAAAGGAGGGAAAGCAGCUCGAUCCCGGUUCAAGCCUAAUCACGUUAAUGCCAUUCGUCGACCAUCAAGGAGUUUUACGGGUCGGAGGACGUAUUGAAAAUGCUCCAGCCCCGCCGGAAGCCCGCCAUCCGAUCAUACUCCCAGCCGACGAAAAAAUCACGGAAUUGCUGAUUUAUAGUCUUCACCUCGAGUUCGUACACUCCACUACAGAGAGAACCUUUCACGAAUUACGUAAACUCUACUGGGUUCAACGCGGACGAAAAACGGUGAGAAGAAUUAUAAACAAGUGUUUCAAAUGCAAGCAACACUACGCAAAGGCACUUUGUCCAAUGAUGGCCGCUCUUCCCGGUUACCGUCUGAAGCCUUUCUCCCCGCCUUUCUCCCCCGCCUUUUCACACACCGGAGUAGAUUUCUUUGGCCCGUACAACGUAACGAUAUUCAGACGGAAGGUAAAACGCUGGGCCUGUUUAUUUACUUGCAUGUCAUCAAGAGCCGUGCACCUGGAAAUGUCAUACUCUCUUGACACUUCCUCCUUCAUCAACUGCAUCAGUCGCUUUGAAGAUCGCCGUACAACUCCGAAACAUUAUCACAGCGAUAAUGGCACGAAUUUUGUUGGAGCUGUGCAUGAAUUUUCCGAGUGUCUCCGUCGGAUGGAACAGUUAGCCAUUCAAGAUGGGCGAAAACGAAGAACGGUGACUUGGAGUUUCAACCCACCUUCCGCGCCACAUUUUGGUGGAACCUGGGAACGUCUAGUUCAAUCGUCAAAACGUGCCUUAAGAUUCGUACUCAACGAGCAAACUCUGACUGACGAUACUUUGGUCACCACGCUAAUUCAAGUGGAGAAACUUCUCAACGGCCGCCCAUUAACGUAUGUAAGUGUAAACCCGGCGGAUCCUGAACCCAUUACGCCAAAUCAUCUUCUCCUUGGACACGAAAAUCCGUACAUACCUUUUGAUCUGUUCGACGAAAACGAUAUGACGACCAAAAGGAAGUACCGCAUUGCUCAGUACCUAACUGAUUGUUUCUGGAGACGUUGGAUGAGAGAGUAUCUUCCCAGCCUUACGGAACGACGAAAAUGGCUAUAUGGACAAAAGAAUCUCAACGUUGGCGACAUCGUGAUCGUUAUCGAGCCAGAUACACCCCGUGGAGAAUGGCCAAUCGCUCGUGUCGUCAAGGUGUUUUCCGGCCCUGAUGGCGUAGUCCGUUCCGCAAUCGUUCACCUUCGUUCGGCUACCAAAACCUCCGAACUUCACCGCCCGGCUGUGAAACUCUGCUUGUUAGAGUCUUGGGAUACGGAUGGUGCGUCCGCUUACGAACGCAGAGCCGGCUAUGUUCCGAAUCCUACAACUCCGAAAUAG